AUGGCUGCUGUCUGUCGUCUAGCCAUAGAAAUGUCAGUUUGGAUUUGUUGAAGUUUUUGUUGUGUUUACUAUUGUGUUUUGUUGUGAGUGAAUAUUAUUUGUGAUGGUUUAGUGAAUUGUGUAUAAAAUGGCUCAAGAAACUGACGAAAUUAAUUUAACGCCCCAAGAACUGCAAGUUUUAUCGGAACUUGACAGUCGGCAGUUUGGAUUUCUCAAACUAAACUCGCCUGAACAGAGCAAGAAGAAAGAGCUGGUUGUAAAGGCAGUGAAAUAUCUGGAACGGAUGCUUGUACAAGCCCAGGAAGAGAAAGAGAGGAACAAAACGCAAAAGAAAGAUGAAUCGGCCAAUAAAGCAACGGAGAGCUCUGAAUCUGACAUCAAAGAGAUCAGCAUCGAUCCUAAAACGUACUGCAAGCUCGGUCACUUCCAUCUUCUGCUUGAGGACUACUCUAAAGCGAUGUCUGCGUAUCAGAAGUUUUUCAACCUGAAGCCAGACUAUUGGAAAGACGCAAACUUCCUUUAUGGACAGGGACUGGUGUACUUUCACUUCAAUGCAUUCCAAUGGGCUAUCAAAGCGUUCCAGCAAGUGUUAUACGUAGAGCCGAGCUACUCCCGAGCCAAUGAGGUCCAUCUUCGUCUUGGGUUGAUGUUCAAAGUCAACAAUGACUGGGAAUCUGCAUUGAAACACCUUCAACUAUCACUCAUAGAUACUAGCCCUUCUACCUUCUCUAAACUUGAGAUAAAAUUCCACAUCGCUCAUCUGUAUGAAGUGCAGGGAAAGUACAAGGCAGCCAAGGAUAACUACGAGCAACUUCUCAAAGACAAGGACCUCCCUACCCAUCUCAAGGCAGACAUUUGUAGACAGCUAGGAUGGAUGUACCACUGUGUUGAGACCCUAGGAGAGAAGAGCACCAGAGAGAGUCUAGCUAUCCAUUGCCUGCAGAGGUCUAUAGAGGCCGAUCCCAAGAGUGGCCAGUCCCUGUAUCUGCUCGGCCGCUGUUACGCCAGCGUCGGUAAAGUCCACGACGCCUUCAUCGCUUACCGCAACUCUGUUGAGAAAUCUGAAGGAAAUGCCGACACUUGGUGUAGUAUCGGGGUUCUCUAUCAACAGCAGAACCAGCCUAUGGACGCUCUACAGGCCUACAUCUGUGCUGUCCAGUUAGAUAAGAGCCAUUCAGCUGCCUGGACCAAUCUAGGAAUCCUAUACGAGAGUUGUAACCAGCCCAGAGAUGCUUACGCGUGUUACGUGAACGCCACUCGUGGGGGAGACAGCGUGAACAACAACGUGCCGUCCGUGUCGCCGCGCACCGCACACUUGCCAAUGAACCCUAACCUCAGCCAGAGGAUCAAGUUCCUACAGACACAUCUGGGAAACGCUCCGAUGCCAAGCAUCACCAGCAAACGGAGGCAGUUGCCGUCGAUCGAGGAAGCAUGGAACCUACCUAUCUCUGCGGAGAUGUCGUCGCGACAACAACAACAACAGAGCAACCAGCCGAGAAACGGGCAUCAGAAGCAGAGUCAGAUGUUGACCCCCACCAAUGGCCACCAUCAAGUGUCGCCUCAAGGUCCUCCUCCCCCCUACCCCAACCAGCAACAGGUUGCCGCUCCUAAGAGGUUUAAGACGGAACCCCAAGAGGUGCCUGGCAGAGUGCCUCCCCAUACUACACCUAGCCCUGCACCCACCCCUGCUCCUGCCUAUCUGAACCAGCAACAGCUUCACAUGCUGCAGAUGCUGCAACAGAAUGCAGCCAACCUCAACCCUCAACAACAGCAAGUACUUCAGACUCUGCAGCACCAGUUCCGUCUUAUGCAGCAGCACCAGAUGAGACUACAGCAGCAGAGAGCGGCGCAGGCUAGACUACAACAGCCUGGCGCAGCGCCAGGAACGUUUCAACAAUCCGUUAUCAAGUCUUACCCUCACCAGCAAGGCACAGUCGCACCACAGACUCUCAGUACAGACAAUGUGGUGGGAGGUUACAUGGCAGCCACCCCCUCCUCCCCAGGGCUGUACAAGGCUGCGACUCCGGGCCAGUACCAGUACCAUCCCCCUGGUACACCCUAUGCACAGCAGCAGUUGUCGUCACCGAGUGUGCCUGUCGCCAAGACUCCCACACCAGACCUCGUAAGUGACCAGGAGCUGCAGGCGUUGUUGUCACAGAAGGACAUAGCUACAUCCUUGGCUGAGGAUCUACUCAAACACUUUGAGUCAUCCGGACCUUCGGAGGAACCGGUGGACAGCAAGGAGCAAGUGCAAACCUCUUCAGACCAACAGACGCUAAGCUCUGGUCCGUUUUCUCCGUCCAACCUGCCGCAACCCGCAGAGUCACCAAAGCCUAAACCAACGCCUUCCCCCACCCUCGCCUCCAGCCCUGCUCGACCACCCUCUGUAAGCUCAGUCAAGUCGGAAUCACAAUCCCAAGAUCGUCUGAAGUCUCCGUCUCCUGCUAUCAAGGAAGAGGAUCGUCUUCCUUCACUCGUUGACUCUCAGUCGGACGUGGAGUUCUCUAUUGAUAUGGAUGCAAAGACUGUGAUGGAAGUGUGCAAAGGGAAGGGUCUGCAUGGCCUGACCAACUGCAGUAUACUGAGUGACCGAGGAGCGCCGCCCCAGCCACCCGACCCGCCUACCACCCGGCUCACCCGGGAACAGCUGUUGCCGCCCACACCCUCCGUGUUCCUGGAGAACAAGAAGGACGCAUUCAGCCCUCAGCUGCAGGAGUUCUGCCUCAAACAUCCGAUUGCGGUCGUUCGAGGAUUGGCAGCAGCACUCAAGCUGGACUUGGGUCUGUUCUCGACCAAGACGCUGGUUGAGGCCAACCCUGACCACACUAUUGAGGUUAGGACGCAAGUGCAGCAGACUUCAGAUGAGAACUGGGACCCGCAGUACCCAGGCAAGCGAGUAUGGGCUUGCAUUAGCCAUCGUAGCCACACCAGCAUAGCCAAAUACGCUCAAUAUCAAGCCUCCAGCUUCCAGGAUAGUCUCAAGGAAGAACGAGAAAGAGCCGCAGGUAUUCACAACCCUUCCGCCAACAACAGCAACAACAACCUGUCGGACUCGGACAGCAAAGACUCGACGGGCACAGUGCGGCGGAAAAAAGGGCUCUUGGGUCUUGGUGGACUGAAGGCUCCUCCUGGUUCAAAGAUGUUGCGGUUUGGCACCAACGUGGACCUAUCAGACGAGCGCAAGUGGCGACAACAGCUACAGGAACUGACGAAGCUGCCGGCUUUCGCGCGGGUGGUAUCGGCUGGCAACAUGUUGAGUCACGUCGGUCAUGUCAUACUCGGCAUGAACACUGUGCAGCUAUACAUGAAGGUGCCUGGUAGCAGAACUCCCGGACAUCAGGAGAACAACAACUUCUGUUCCAUCAACAUCAAUAUCGGCCCCGGAGACUGUGAGUGGUUCGCCGUUCCAGACGCUUACUGGGGCGUCGUCUACAACCUCUGUGAAAGAAACAACCUGAACUACCUACACGGCUCGUGGUGGCCGGCCUUAGAAGACUUGUACGAGGAGAAUGUUCCAGUCUACCGCUUCCUCCAGCGGCCGGGGGAUCUGGUGUGGGUAAACUCUGGUUGCGUGCACUGGGUGCAGGCUGUGGGUUGGUGCAACAACAUCGCGUGGAACGUUGGUCCGCUGACAGCCCGUCAGUACCAUCUGGCCAUCGAGCGAUACGAAUGGAACAAACUGCAGAGUUACAAGAGUAUUGUUCCCAUGAUACAUCUGUCGUGGAAUCUCGCUCGCAACAUCAAGGUGUCGGACCCGAAGCUCUUUGAGCUCAUCAAACACUGCCUGCUGCGCACACUUCGCCACUGCGCCAUGAUCCUGGAGUACGUUAAGUCUCGUGGUGUUGAGGUCAGAUUCCACGGCCGAGGCAAGAACGAGGCGUCCCACUACUGCGGCCAGUGCGAGGUGGAGGUGUUCAACAUACUGUUUAUCCGAGAGCAAGAGAAGCGGCACGUAGUCCACUGUCUGGAUUGCAGCCGCAAGCAAGCUCCCAACCUGGAGGGCUUUGUGUGUCUGGAGGAAUAUCGGAUGUCGGAGUUGAUGCAAGUCUACGACAACUUUGUCCUACACCCUGUUAGCCCCAGUGGUGCGAUGGUAUGACAGGACACCAACCGCUGCUGGUAGACAGAGCAACGCUUGUGAUACUCCUUCCUCAUCUACUGUUGUUGUUGUUCCGUUCUCAAUAUUUAUUUUGUUUGAAAGUCGUGUGUGUGUGGUGGACUGGAUUUAUUCCGAAGCUUUCCUAACUAGUGUGUAAGCGCUUUGGUCCUAUCAUUGUUAAUAAAUUUAGCGUCUAUCAAAGUUGACGGCUGAUUGAUGAAGAUCAGUAUUCUAAACAAUCUUAAUAGUUAGUCUAGUGAGGCAGAUUAUUUGAUCUCAGUUUAGGUGUGUACAUAAUCGUAUUUAUUUGAACUGUCGGCACGAAAGCUACAGUUUCAAUGACCCGAUCAUAGUUUUAAUUGCUCCGAUGGAAGUUUUACUUGUAUAUUUAGAUUACUAAUCAAAAAAUCUCGGCUAAGAAUUAUGUGAAGUGUGUUCUCGACUUCUGUUUAUUUUGUAAUUCUAUAACAGAUAUUUACUGUAGUGCAAAUCCAUUGGAUCUUCAAGAUCCGGGGCUAUAUGACUUCUUUCUGAAUAUUUCAUACAGAUGUAUAUUUUAUUAUUUAGUUAAAAUGACAAACAUGGUACAAAAGAAAUAUUGUAGUGUUAAGCUACUUAAAAUAUACAAUUUUUCUGUCCUAAUGGAUUUUGGUAGUCAAUUUUAGUGUUGCUCAAAUUUCACUACAGCGUGAUUGAUUAAUUGUUAAAUAAUGAUCUAUAUGAACUAUUAUCAAAUAAUGUAUUCCGUACGUUUAAAACUUUGUUAAGUCUACUUUUGUGAUUUAUUUAUUCAUAAUACAAUUGCACCAUCAUUUCUCAACAUGUUAGUCUGUGUAUCUUUGUUAAUGUAUGGUUUUGUCAAACAAAACUUAAACAUGUUGGUGUUUUAAAAGUAAUGAAGACUGAUAGUUUCGGUUUAGUGAUAUUUGAUCCACUGCCACAUUUAGACACUGCCCAUCAAGUGUGAUUAUUUACCUGUAUUUGACAAGUUCAACUUUGGUCAAAACUGUUGUGUUAUUUCCUUCUUUUAUGAUUUCAUAGACACGUUUAAGAAUUGUCAGUGUUCAAAGUAAUUGUUUGGUUGAAAACUAUUAGCUGUUUUCUUGUGGAAAUUGUAAAAAAGCAAUAACUUUGUUUUGGUGUGAGCAAUGUUCAAAUUUAUAGAUUGUUUACAAUUCAUUCCUAUUCUAUUUGAAUUAUAUUUUUAACAUUUUAAACAUUUAUUUGUUAUUUGUUCAAUUAUAUGUUUUAUAACAUAUUUUUAGCAGAAAUAUUUAGGUAAAACCUAAACCCAUUUGAAAUAGUUUUUAAUCUUUAUUUUUAUGGUUAAUUUCCUUUUUUGAUAGCUUAUUUUAUGAAGCGUAGAAGCUUUUUAUUUUUUAAUGCAGAGGCAUAUGUUUAUUUUGAAGUAAUUAAAUUGCGUGUACACUUCAUCUCAGGAUACAAAAGCUGCCUACAUUGUAACUGAGCACAAUUGUUACUGUCGGAUUAUUUUUAAUAAGAAACUUGUGUUUUGAACUAAAAUAAUUGUGAUUAUGAUAUAAGUAUGUAUCGAGGAGUAACAGUUGUGCUCAAAUGUUUAAUCCAGCUGUGCAGAUUUAUUACUUAGUGUUAAUUUCAAGAGACGAUUAGCAAUUACUGUGUGUUUUAUAAGCAGUGCCUCUAUAUCUGCGCAGCAAUCAGGAACCAGUGUCUUGCGAUUAGUCGCUACAUGUCUCCACAUUACUGCCAUUAGAUGUGUUCAGUUCUCGUUGCCAAUUAGAUGUUCAGUAUUCGUCACUAGUAUUAAUUUUGUUACUCAAUCUUCAGUUCUGUUUCACUUUUGAUGGCAGAUUUUCUACGCAAUACAAACCACCUUACCUUACAGUAUUGAGACUUGAGUGUUGUAUACAAUAGCUAGUGUAUCUGUUUAUAGCUGCCUAUAAGCACCAAGUUUGUGGUUCGAAAUACCAGAAUUAAGAUUCGUAUUGAAUGGUCGAGUUAAUGGAAUUGAUACUACGUCCUUGAGUGAAACUCACCAUCACUAGUAUACAAUUUCCUUUAGCCUUUCAAAACAAAUUUGUACAUAUGCGAUAUCCUAGCGAGUAGUUUUUACUCACGCGUUGUUGAUAUAUUGUCAUUUUAAUUUUUUAUACCCGUCUGAUAAUUUCUGAUAGAUUCUUUCAGGCGACUUUUUGUGGUUGGAUAUUUCUCAAACCGUAUUAAAGCUUUAAAAUAGUUUAGGUGUUGUUGAUGAUUUAUAGUUUUAUUUAUUUACAAUUUUUCACUCGUGUAAAAAUUCUCACUCGAUAACAAUCUGUAUCCAUAUCAAAGAAGAAAAUUAUUUUUGAGUCCCGACAAAGGCUCGAGUACCGAUCUCAAACGAACUGCGUUCUUCUUUCUGUAUAGUUUUACUGCCAGACGAUAUAUUUUGUAUUGCGAUCGCAGUAGGAGUAAUGAUUAUUUAUUGUAUCGAGAGAGGAGGUGCCUGCAUGAGGUAUUACGAAGACAGCCAGUUCACUGCCAAUGUAACUGUAAAGGCACUGUGUCGAUACCAAUGGUACAGAUGUCUUAUAGAUUAUUGUAAAUACAUUUAAUUAAUUAUUAUAUUCGACACUGAUUGAAAAUAUUGUAAUUAGUAAAAUAAAUUCAGUGUUCUAAGU